UUGAUGGAGAGGCACCCAUCUAUAGUUUGGACUCCAUGUGCUGCUCAUUGCAUUGACCUCAUGUUGGAGGAUAUUGGAAAAAUCCCAUGGGUCAAGAGAUGUGUAGAAAGGGCAAGAAAUGUCUGCAAAUUUGUAUAUAAUCAUUCAUGGGUGUUGGCUCUUAUGAGACAAUACACAGAGCAGAAGGAGUUAGCUCGUCCAGGAAUCACAAGAUUUGCCACAAACUUCCUCACAUUGCAGUCCAUGCUUAGGUCUAAGUCUGCCUUGAGACGUAUGAUUGUUGGUGAGGAGUGGUCUUCCUCAUCCUAUGCUACCACCCCUGCAGGGAUAGAUAUGGCAGACUGCAUUUUUUAUGAGCAAGGCUUUUGGGUCCCUUGUGAUGAGAUAGUGAAGUUUGUUAAGCCCUUGGUGGUUUUGUUGCGAGUUGCGGAUGGAGAUAAGCCCGCAAUGGGCUAUAUAUAUGAGGGCAUGGAUAGGGCGAAGGAGGCCAUCAGAUUCGUCUAUGGAGUAGAUGAGAGCAAGUAUGGUCCCAUUUGGGAGAUCAUUGAUAGGAGAUGGCAUCAUCAGCUUCAUAGGCCCAUCCAUGCGGCAGCCUAUUUUCUGAAUCCGGCAUUCCGUUUUAUCCCUUCUUUCAAGGCUGAUGUGGAGGUCCUUAAUGGGCUAUAUGCAAUCAUGGAGAAGAUGGGACCUGCUGGUACUUCUCAAAUAGACCUUUUUCGAGAGCUACAAAUGUUCUCAGAUGCACAAGGGGAGACCUUCUCUCGUCUUGUCGCCAAAGACGGUAGGACAACUAUGAUGCCAGAUCAUUGGUGGAACUUUUUUGGCCCAGAGACACCAAAUAUUCAGAAGUUGGCCAUUCGCAUCUUGAGCCAACCAUGCAGUGCAUCAAGUUGUGAGCGCAAUUGGAGUAUGUUUGAGCACAUACACUCCAAGAGGCGCAAUAGAUUAUCUAUGGAGAAGAUGAAUGAUCUCGUCUUUGUUCACUACAACCUCCGCCUGAGAAUGAGAAAGAAUGCAAUAGUUGACAUGUCUCCUAUCAUUCUAGAUGAGGUUGAUCUUGAAGCAGAGUGGGCCAAUGAGAAUCAGACAGCUCCUGGGACUCCUACAGCUGUAUUUAGUGAUGAUGACAUUGAUUGGAUCGACCAGGUAGAUAUAGAGGUUGAGGCUGUAGCCAUGGCAGAGGAGGAGCAGAGAGCACGAGCAGAGAUAGGAAAUACUGAGACUCAGAGUGACACAACUGUUCCUGAUGUUGGUGAGCAUGACACAGCCGUUCUUGAUGUUGGUGAGCAUGGCAUGGUGUCACGGGGAGCGACUAUGGCUGCUGAAUCAUCCAGGACCUACUUUAAACGCCUUCGCAGGGGGCCAGGGCGAGAGGGUGCACGGCCCUUUGAGCCAUAGG